CAGCAAAGAUCGUCAGACUUCAGCUGGUUCUCUUUAAUCAAGAAAAAAUUCAGCCAAGAUCAACUGGAGCCUCAACAAACUGCAUCAGGACACUUUUAUUCAAACAGACAAUACAUGCAACAAAUGGUGAUGAGCCUGCGGGUGUCAGAGCUACAGGUUCUUCUGGGCUACGCAGGCAGAAACAAACAUGGACGAAAGCACGAGCUCCUGACUAAAGCCUUACAUCUCCUUAAAGCCGGCUGCAGCCCUGCCGUCCAGAUGAAGAUCAAGGAGCUCUACAGACGACGCUUUCCCACCAAGCUGGUGUCCCCAACAGAGUUGGCCCUGCCUGGAGUUCACCCCACCGCUGCCUCUUUGCCCCCUGGCCUCACGCAGUUGGGAUUUGAUGGGCACAGAGCGCCCCCAUCCCCUCUGCUCCCCAUCUCCCUUCUCGGGCCCAAACACGAGCUGGGACUGCCCCGCCUCCCCACGAACCUGCACCCUGUACACCCUGAUGUCAAACUUCAACGGCUUCCAUUCUAUGAUGUACUGGAUGAGCUCAUUAAACCUACGAGUCUUGCUUCAGAUAACAGCCAGAGGUUUCAGGAAACAUGUUUUGCAUUUGCAUUGACGCCACAGCAAGUCCAACAAGUCAGCAGCUCAAUGGACAUAUCGGGGACCAAAUGUGACUUUAUGGUGCAAGUACAGUUACGGUUUUGUCUGUCAGAGACCAGCUGCCCUCAGGAGGACCACUUCCCCCCUAAUCUUUGUGUCAAAGUCAACGGGAAACCGUGUAAUCUCCCAGGAUAUCUGCCUCCUACCAAAAAUGGCGUGGAACCAAAGAGGCCCAGCAGACCCAUCAACAUUACCUCAUUGGUCAAACUGUCCACAACUGUCCCUAACACCAUCGUAGUGUCCUGGACCUCAGAAAUUGGACGGAGUUACUCUAUGGCGGUGUACCUGGUCAAACAGCUGUCAUCUACAAUGCUAUUGCAGAGGCUGCGGGCUAAAGGCAUCAGAAACCCAGAUCACUCCAGAGCACUCAUAAAGGAAAAGUUAACAGCAGACCCUGACAGUGAAAUAGCAACCACCAGCCUAAGAGUUUCAUUAUUGUGUCCGCUGGGGAAGAUGCGGCUAAUGAUUCCGUGUCGGGCGUUGACGUGUUCACACCUGCAGUGUUUUGAUGCUACGCUCUACAUCCAGAUGAAUGAAAAGAAGCCCACAUGGGUGUGUCCUGUAUGUGACAAAAAAGCACCCUAUGAACAUCUCAUCAUUGACGGGUUGUUUAUGGAGAUUCUGAAUAGCUGUUUAGAUUGUGAUGAAAUCCAGUUCAAAGAAGAUGGUAGCUGGGCCCCCAUGAGGUCGAAAAAGGAAGUGCAAGAGGUGUCAGCUUCAUACAAUGGCAUUGGUGGUGGAUGUCGUACGACGGUGUUGGAACAGAACUCUCAAACAAAUGGCAACAGUGGAGGAAACGGCAAAAAAGUGGAAGUGAUUGAUUUGACUCUUGACAGCUCGUCUGAAGAAGAGGAAGAUGAAGAACCCCCUCAGAAGAAAAGCUGCCCCUCGCUAUCUAGCAUCUCUCCCCAGAUGGAUAAUGGGGUACUACAUCUCCACAGACAAGCAUCUCCUGUGAGUCGAACACCCAGCAUGCCUCAGGUGGAUACCAGUUACAUUCCCCCACCUCCUCCCCUCAUUCAGGACUACCGCCACUACUACUCUACGCCCACUGACCUGUCAGAUCUCAGCUUCUUUCCUUUUUUACAAGGAGAGAAUCAUCAGCACUACAACAUGGUGAUGGCAGCAGCUGCCUCAGCAUCUGAAGAUCACGACCUCCUCCUGAGUCGUUUUCUCCCAUACGGCUCGUCUCAGCUCUUCCUGGACCCUCCCUCUACCCCCGUAAGCAACAGCCUCCCUCCCGUUAACAUCAACGGCAGCAGCACCGGCAGCAGUCUGGUGUCAUCCAGCAGCCUACGGGAAAAUCUCGGACAUCCAAACGCCCCCCGCCCCGCCUCUGAAUCAGCCCCCACGUCUGCCAUCUACGGUCCCAUUCCAGACGUCAUCUCAUUAGACUGACCCGGGACCGAACCCUAACACAGGAAACUGACUGAAGAAACUUUCAAACAUUGUGAAGAAAAGGGGACAUACAAGAUGACUGAAGGGUGAUUUUGUAAACGAUGAUAAUCGUUGCUGUGUACAGAGAAUAUAUUUUUUUUUUACUUUUGUAUAUACACCUAUCUAAUGCAUAUGUAAACUUGAAAGUUUUUUUUCCCACGGCUUGCUAAAAUAACUUUGGGUUUUAUCUCACUUUUUAUAUCCUUUACCUAUAAAAAAGUGUAGUAGUCUGUAUUUUGUCUGAUUCCAUAGGGCACAAUGGCUGCGUUCAGACUGUCAGUGGGACCCUUGGUUCUUUUCUCUUCCUACCAAAACUUUUUUUUUUUUUGUCUUUGUCAGUCCAUACCAUAUCCCCUAAACAUGCAGGAUUAUUUUAUAUAAUGCUUUUAAGGGAUAGUUCACCC